UUUUUCUCUUCCUUCACUCCCUUGCUCCCUUCCCUCACUCUCUCCCCUUAUCUCUCUUCCUCACUGUACUGGGGAGUGUGUCGGAUGACUGCUAAUGUGCUUGUUCAGUUUCUCGUCACCCUGAGCCCCUGCUUGUUCUUACGAGGACAAUGAGAGACACGGGUAUCAGUGCCCCAAUCGCCAAAGAUCCAUCAACGAAGAUAGAAGGCAGUGGCUAUGCUUAUCGCACAUCAAAAUCAAAUGAAGACAGCCGAAAUUUGGACGUCGUUUUACGAAACGGGCUAGCCGGAGGUGUCGCAGGCUGUGCUGCCAAAACUGUUGUCGCCCCAUUGGAGAGGGUCAGGAUCCUCUUUCAAACUUCCCACUCUCAUUUUGUGCAGUAUUCGACCCGCUGGGAUGGUUUAAUCAAGGCUGCCAGACACAUUCGAAUGUCAUAUGGCACAUCCGCGCUUUUCAAAGGUCACUCAGCAAGCUUGGUCCGCGUCUUCCCGUAUGCCGGUAUCAACUUUCUCGCAUACGAACAGUUCCGAGCAGCAAUCAUCACAUCUCCCGAGAAAGAAGCACCAUGGCGUCGAUUUUUGUGCGGAAGUAUGGCCGGUGCGACCUCUACCUUGGUCACAUAUCCUCUUGAGUUGAUCCGUACACGUCUUGCCUUCGAAACCGUCCAAAAAAACCCGUCAUCCUGGCUUGGUAUAUCUCGGAAAAUCUACUUCGAAGGAGGAGGCACCGGGGGCUUGUCAAAUCUCUAUCGAGGAAUUGCCCCGACUAUGCUAGGCAUACUUCCGUAUGCUGGCACGUCAUUCCUCACCCACGAUCUACUCAGGGACUGGCUUCGCACGCCUGCCUUUGCACCCUACACUCUAGAGGCGCAAUCUUCCACUCGACUGACCGCGGUUGCGCAGCUUUCCUGUGGAGCAGUCGCUGGCAUAGUCGCUCAAACGAUUUCUUACCCGAUUGAUAUCAUUCGGCGACGAAUCCAAGUCGGAAGUGUGAUUGGUACUAAGUCAGGAAUUUUGGAGACAGCCCAAUGUAUUUUUCUGGAGAGAGGAGUGAGAGGCUUUUAUGUUGGGCUCACUAUUGGCUAUGUCAAAAUGGCUCCUAUGGUAGCGACAAGUUUCUAUGUUUACGAUCGGAUGAAGCGAUUUUUGGGCCUUAUUGAGUAGCCGCUUUCUUGUUUC